AUGGCAGAGAAUGGGGCACAUGAAGGAGAGCAGGACAUUGUAAAGAAAAUCGAAGAGACCAGACAGAGAUUCAAGAAUGAAUUGCUCCAAGACUCAACGGAAAAAUAUGACCCUAGGGAUGUGGAAAGGCUUCAGAGUGAUGACUCUCUGGUGGAAGGCUACCUGACAUGGAGGCUUUAUGUUGUGGAUGAUGCCUUGAAAAUGAUUGACGAAAGUUUUCAGUGGAGGAAAGAGUUUUGUGUGAAUGAUCUUAAUGAGAGCACCAUUCCCAGGUGGAUGUUCGAGACUGGUGCCGUCUACCUCCAUGGAUACGACAAAGAGGGAAACAAGCUCUUCUGGUUUAAGGUGAAGCUGCACAUCAAGGAUGCAAAAACCACCGUGGAUAAGAAGAAGUAUAUUGCCUUUUGGCUGGAGCGAUAUGCAAAAAAAGAACCUGGGAUGCCCCUCACCGUUGUGUUUGACAUGUCAGAAUCUGGUCUCAGCAAUAUUGACAUGGACUUUGUAAAGUAUGUCAUCAAUUGCUUCAAAGUUUACUAUCCAAAGUUUUUAUCCAAAAUGAUCAUUGUGGAUAUGCCGUGGAUCAUGAAUGCUGCAUGGAAGAUUGUGAAGUCCUGGUUGGGUCCAGAAGCAAUCAGCAAACUCAAGUUUGCAUCCAAAUCUGAGGUCCAGUCUUACAUUGAUCCCGAGUACCUGCCACCUCACAUGGGUGGAACGGACCCCUUCAAGUACAGCUAUCCGCCUCUUCCUGACGAUGACUUCCAAACCCCCAUCUGUGACAACGGACCCAUUGUUAGUGAGGACGAUACCGAGAGCAAAGAGGGCGAAAUGGAAAGCAAGGAUGGUCUUGAGUCCAGUUUCAGCUCUGAGAUCGUGGAAAGGCCCAAAAAGGUGAACUUUCUGGAGGACAGUUUCCGAGCAGAGGACAAUGACAGAGACUCGCAUGUCCGGGUCAAAGGAGUCCGGAAGCCGCAGACCACCUUCAAAGGCGCACUGCUCGAUGUCAGCCCCGCUGAGGAGCUCAGCUUUGGUUCUGGGGAGACGGAGAGGAAAUGCCUCAUUAUCCUGAGCAACGUGACCAAAAACCGGGUGGCCUUUAAGGUACGGACCACAGCACCUGAGAAGUACAGAGUGAAGCCCAGCAGCAGCAGCUGUGAGCCGGGGACCUCAGUGGACAUCAUCGUGUCCUUACAUGGAGGUUCCCAGGCCUCGCCACAGGACCGGUUUCUGGUAAUGGCUGCAGAGAUGGACAACGCCGGAUCGCAGGAGCUUGCACAGUUCUGGAAAGAAGUGCCAAAAAGCAAGGUCAUGGAACACAGGCUGCGCUGCCAUGCUCUGGACAGUGUUAAACCGCCAGCCAACCCCCUCAGGGACACCCCAGUGGACGCAGUGACCAGCGGGCAGCAGGAGCUAAGCACAGCACUCAUGCGGGUGAUGGCCUCCAACUCCCGGCUGGAGCAGAACCUGAACACGUGCCUGUGGGGGCAGAAGGUUCUCACGGGGCUGGUGCUGAUCCUGGUAGUGCUGAACCUGCUGAGCCUCUACCUGCUGGGCACAGCCCAGCGGCCAUCUUGA